AUGCAGUUUCACCAACGUACCCUACAUAUUACGGAUAUUUAUCUUAACGUUAAACAAGAAUCUCUCACCUUUGUAUUUACCAAAUAUGGUAAAGUUACCAAUGUCAAAAUGCAAACACAAGGCAUGUGGCAACAUGC